AUGGCUCUGACGACCCUAACAUUCGACCACCAGGAGCUGCUGAAGUGCAGCGUCCCUAUCUGGCCAACACAGCUUCGGCGAUACACCGAAACGGCACUACCGAAAUCUUUAGGUCGUGAUUAUAUGGUGCAGGAGAUGCAAACCGACCUUCCCCAGGUCAAUAGGCGCGAAACACGUGGGGAUUGGGAAGAGAGUACUCAUCCGUUGGGAGCUACAUUUUAUUAUAAUAAAACAAUGAGGACAUACACCAAAAUGAACCUCCGGACUUGUUCGGACAAGCAGCUCCAGAGGCUCAAAUCUUGGAUUAACGCAUCUAGAGCUAAAUUACGUGGAAACUUGUGGUUUUUAGUCGUUGAACAGAUGUCAGUAAGAGGCAAGGAGAUAUAUCUGUAUUACUACGUGGUACCGGAGAAACGCAUUAUUACCUGGCUAGAGCCAGUAGAUGGUUAUCUUCUUUUCCAGGAAUGCACGGCGGCGUGGCAUUGGAACCACAAAAGACUCGAGCUUGAGGCUCAAUUCUGGAAACAUAUCGAAUAUUUUCCAGUCGAGAUCAUAAUCAGUCGCGAGGAAGUAAGAGCUUUACAGGCUCAAUUAAACUGGUAUCAAGCAUUGGUGUUGGAAAGAUCUACAGCGGCUUCACUAUUCUGGAAUCUGGAUCAAAUGAAGGAGAUGGCCUCUGAGCUGGCCAUUGCUGUGGAACUCGCAGGACCUGAUGGGGUCGCAGAUGCACCAGGUGUCGCAAUCUGUGGCGAGCGACAUGGAAAUCUAGAGAACUCUCGUGUCAUGACUGGUGUUUCAGUCGCAAUGCUCUGGAUUCUGAUAAUGGUACUUAAACGUCUUCAGGGUAUCUACGUCAAUGGUCUCGUAAGUGGGGUGGACAUCAAGAAAUUCACGGACGAUUUCAACGCACAGGCUAAAGCCCAGACAACCGUGGCAAGCAUUAUCAUGGCAGUCGAUGCCAGCAUUCUGGCCAUCCCAGGUCUGGGUUCACAACUCGCUACAAAGGUGUUGUGUUCCAUCUCAUUCAUCCUCAGUGUUUACUGCAUUGUCGCAUGUACAAUAGCACAACAGUUCAGCUCCAGAAUGAGAUCCCUGGACUUUGCGGUAUACUACAUGCAAGGAAAAAUGAUCAAUCUUGUGAUCCUUGCGAGCAUACCAAGCUUUAUGUAUCUGAUGAGUUUGACAUUUUCUAUUCUUGGAUUCCUCGCAGGUAUCUUCACGAUUGAAUUUGGGCUAGACGUAUCUGCAAAGAUCGGAUGUGUGUUGGCCUUCAUUGUCGGGGCAAGCUUCACGAUUCCAUUAGUGAUCGCCAGUUUUGGUCCCGGACUAAUUCGAUAA